AUGGUUGAUGUCCAAGAUGAUGAUUAUUGGUUCGAAUUUUUCUGGUGUGCUACUGAUCUAUUGAACGCAUCUGCUACAAGUUGUGAAUGGUCAAUCGUUCUGAACCAAUGUUGCGGUGGGAGGGGUGAUCUUUUGUCUUUAAGACUGAUUAUGAGCGGGUUUGUGGAUGCAGACAUGUUGCUAUUCUCCAUUCUUUCCUGGCCAUUUCUCCUGGUCUUGAUAUAUCUCCAUUGCUAUUGCUCGGUAUCCAUAGUUGCCAUCUGCUUCGAGAGAAAAGACUUUGGUUAUAUGUUUAGAAGCAAUACUUCAAUGCAGUGCUCUAAUGCAAUCAUUUUACGCUUUGUAUUUUUGGGUCAGCUUUUGAUGGCUUCCACUAUUGUUGGACCAUUAAGAUCCUCAAGUUUCUGCUUGGUCAUUUUUUCUACCUUCAUGAACAAGCUCAAGAUCAUGAUCAAAUUGAGGCGAUAUGUUGUUAUUUUAGCAAUGUUUGCUGUUACUGUUUCUGCAUUGUUAAUUGUCAAGUAG